AAAUCAAAGCAAGCAAAAGGCUUCUACAAGAAAUAAGAGCAUUUCUAAGCAAGCCAUGCUUGUGCUCAAGUAAGAUGAUCUCUAGUAAUGCGCAGAAUGCAAGCCGAGUAUGAGAAACUUAGAUCCCAAGCGGCAAGACAAAGAACUGCCUUGGAGAUGUAUUCCAAAGCUCAGAAUAAUAAUUUCAAAACAAGGAUUUCUCAAAUUUAUAGGGAAGCCGUUUCGUUAAAGAUUCAGUUGUAUGCCUUGAGUCCUGAGGAAUCAGGGAUCAAAGAUACUUAUAAUAUGUGCAAACAAAAAUACGAUAAUUUAGAAGGAGAACUCAGAGACCUUCUAAAGCAAGCCAAUAAAAUGGUUCAAGCAGCUGAAGAACAGAAAGCGACCAUAGUUGAGAGCUCAGACCAAAAUAAUGAUGAAAAGAGUACCAUAGCCAGGUUUGAGGAGAGUCUACAGCAGCAAUCUGACGAUAUUGAUUCACAAGUGUACUUUAGUCUUCUUGAGAAAUUAUGUAAAGAAGCAUUUAAGACUCAUUAUAAGUGUUAUUUGUGCCUCUAGACCUAAGCCUUCGUGAAAAUGCUAAGUUUCUGAAAAGUAUGAAGUCUCUACCUUAUCCCGAUGUAGAGAGAAUAACUGUUCGCAAUGUAAACUCUAAAAAUUUACCUACUUUGAAAACAUGUCUUUUAAAUUCGUCCUUGAGAAGAUUGGAGAGAUUAGAUCUACAUUUCAGUAAUGAUAAAUGAUUAAAUAAAAGCAAAUAUCUUCGAGAUAUUCUAAAUGUAAGCUAUAAGGUAAACUCUAAAGUCUACUUUUACCACACAAAGAUGAGACGAUCUUCUUUGAUGAAACUUCUUUCUGCUUGUCGAAAUAAAGAGGAAUUACUAUUUUCGUAUUGCUAUAUUUCUAUGCUAAAAGUGCCUAACUUCGGCCAUUCUUUGGAUGGUAGUAAAAUCAAAACAUUGAGAUUGGAGAAUUCAACAAUAAAUGGAUCUCCAAUAACAAGAGAGAAUAUGAAUGGCUUCACAAAAUUGGUAGAAGGGCUUUCGAAGUCGCAAGAUUUCAGAGAAACUUUUAAACAUUUCAAAGGACUCCCUCUUUUUAAUGGUUGAAAGGAGGUGAAGGAAAUAUUGAUAGAGCAUGGGUUUCAUCAAACUUGUGAUACAUCGGAUAAGAAAUAAAAAUAUUUAUCUGUGCUGAAUACUAAUAUU